AUGUUCUCAAGGGCCACGUCCCUGCCAGCUGUUUGUGAAUGCCUGAUCAAGGCAGCGUACGAUCCCCGGGUGGCAGGGUUGUUCAUCAAGGUCGGCUUGCUGAGCUGUGGGUGGGCGAAAGUGGAAGAGAUACGACGCCACAUUGAUUUUUUUCGGCAGUCAGGGAAGUUUACGAUCGGGUACAUGGAGCGAGGAAAUGAGAAAGAAUAUUUUCUUCUGUCAGCUUGUGAGGAGGUGUAUUUGCCGCCUUCUGGCUCUUUGGGCCUGAGGGGCUUGUCAGUUUCAGCCACCUUCCUCAGGGGCACUCUGAACAAGAUUGGCAUCGAGCCACAGGUGAGACGAAUAGGCAAGUACAAGUCGGCAGGGGACCAGCUGCUGAGGGAAGACAUGUCGGAGCCGCAAAGGGAACAACUCACUGCACUGCUUGAGGACCUUUACAGCGGCUUUGUGGCUGGUGUGGCCAAGUCAAGAAGCAAGGCAGAAAAUGAGGUCAUAGAUAUGCUGGAGGAGGGGUUUGUUGACACAGAGAGUUUCAGAGAGGGAGGCUGGGUUACCGAUUUGAAGUACAUGGAUGAACUGAUUGACAUGGUGAAGGAGCGGCAAAAGGUGGACAAGAAAAAGAAAUUGAAACGUGUGACACUGAGGCGCUAUGCAUCAGUGUCGCCCUCUGCCUUUGGCCUGGGGGCCGGUAAAGUGAUCGCAGUAAUUCGUGCCUCUGGGAGCAUAACAGGUGCUCAAAUGGCACAAGCAGGUUCUAUUACUACGAAGCAGACUAUUCGUGAGAUUCAGCAAGCUCGUGAUAACAAGGCUGUCAAGGCCAUUGUGCUGCGGGUUGACAGCCCAGGAGGAGAUGCCUUGGCCAGCGAUAUCAUGUGGCGGGAACUCCAGAAAGCAGCAGUGGAGAAGCCUGUCAUUGCAUCAAUGUCGGAUGUGGCAGCUUCGGGUGGCUAUUACCUUGCCAUGGCCGCCAGCAAGAUCGUUGCAGAAGGGCUAACGAUCACAGGGUCUAUAGGUGUCGUCCUUGGCAAGUUCAGCCUGCAGGAGCUGUACAAGAAGAUAGGGGUGGGAAAGGAGAUGCUGUCGAAGGGCCGAUACGCAGAAAUACUAGCAGAGAGCAGAUCGUUCUCCAAAGAAGAAGAGGAGUACUUCACCCGUUUGGCUGAGCACUCUUACACAGAGUUCCGAAACAAAGCUGCAGAGUGCCGUGGAAUGGCGACAGAAGAAAUGCAGGAAUUGGCACAGGGCCGCGUAUGGUCGGGUCGGCGAGCUGCAGAUGUGGGCCUGAUCGAUGCAGUGGGCGGCAUCUCACGAGCCAUCGCUGUGGCCAAACAGGCAGCCGACAUCGCUCCUGACAAGCCUGUGCGCCUCAUGGAGCUGUCCCGUCAGAAGGGAUCACCGCUCGAGGCCCUCCAGGGGGCGGGCGCCAUGGCGGGCACCCUGACAUGGGUUCUGUUCCUGUUGUUUGGCCUGGGCUCCCUCAUCAAAAGUCGAGGCCAGGAGGGGAAGGCCGAUUUUGUGAUCGAUGCAGCUUUGGCAGCAGUGGGCCUUGCAGGGCCUCUGUUGCAGUCCAAGCAGUCCGAUGUGGAAUACCUGAUGGAGGACGUGAGCCUGGAUGAUGGCCCUGCAAAGGAUGUCGCCCCACAGGCAGUCCUUGAUGAGAGUUUGAUGGCAGCCAGUGGAAACUUGCCCCCCCUUCUAAGGGAUCUGAUCUCAAAGUUGCUGUGA